AUGCCGCUACUAAGAUAUCUGCUGCACCGAGUUACAUCCAACUCAACUACUAAUAGACCGAGCUUCAUCCGACCCAACUCUUACUGGGCCGACCUAUUAUCAUCCCCUUCACUCUCAGCCGCCCCACACUCAACAACGCUCUAUCCUACUAUAGCGUUCAUUUUCCCCCCACCGGCGCAGCCUCACGCCGCCGCAAUCCGGCGAACAGAAAUGAGCCGUCCACUCGCUAUUCCAUCCUCCGCCCUGAAGCGGAAAAGGCCCGAAUCACAGCCGCCAGGUCACGUGGACGCCGAGCAAACGAUCCUCGAUUUGAUUAAAAGCAAGAAAGACUCGGGCAUUUGGACAAGAGACAUCAAAUUCGAGACCAAAAUCGCCGACAACCUCGUCAGCAAAUCCAUCAAGUCCCUGCUGGCCAAGAAGCAGAUAAAAGAGGUUGUCAACAUUCAGAACAAGGGCAAGAAGCAUUACAUGGCGAUCGAGUACGAGCCUUCCAAGGAGGUAACCGGGGGAGACUUUUACGCCAAUGGGGCGCUCGACGAGGCCCUAAUAGACGUGCUCAGGAAGGUGAGCUACAGGUACAUUAGCGUCCAGAAAGUGGGGACGGUUGAAGGGGCCCACGGUUACCUUUUGAAGAAUAGGGUAGUCAACUUUAGCAUCUCCACCGAGCAGGUUGGGGAGAUUCUGAACUCGAUGGUCCUGGACGAUGAGAUAAUUGAGGUGAAGAGCACUGGGUAUGGAGAUUAUUACUCGAUUCCCAUUGGGACGACUUGUUAUAGAGUGACUGGUGGCGGUGGGGCCCAGAAGGGCCCAAAGUUGGGUGCGUUUGCUGCGAUUCCAUGUGGGGUGUGCCCGAGGAUUGGUUUGUGUACAAGUGAUGGGCCUAUAUCCCCAAGUACUUUCGAGGUCCGAUUUGAAGAUGGUUCCGAGAGGCCUCCGAGAGUGCUUUGCUCUGUCAAGCCAAGCAUCAGGGGCCUUAUCGACUUCGAUGACUUCAAAGAGCCACCCCCUACAACCGCCCACUGGCACACCACACAACCACCUUUCAACCUCCCGUCGCCUUGA